UCAGCCGGACCUGUUGGACGUGCUCGCCAGAACUGGGCAGUGUAUGAUAGAACGGGUUGCAAGAAUCGUGUUAACUCGGCGGAACUGGUGCCAAAGCUGGGUCCUUUUUCAUCGCGUGGCAAGUGUUUGUGUAUUUUAUUCGCUAGUGAGCGUCGCUGUGAAAGAUAUGAAUGAAAUUCUGGGGGGUGGAAUUUGGUUGGUAGUGUUUUGACAGAGAGUUUGAUUUGGUGCACCCGUUUAUAUGGAGGAAGUGGGAGGCCGUACUAAAUGUUAAUGGGCGACUGGAAUCACGCGGUUUUUUGGGGGUGUCAUGUGUUGAUCUUGUAAUAGUCACGCCACUGAAUGGUACCGGAAAGAAGAAACAAGUGAGAAGAAAUAGAUAAAUUCAAUAUCGUCGAAUAAUGGUGCCUAUCUCUGUCGAUGAUGGAAUGCAAAAAUAAUAAUCAAGUGUGUGAAUGAGUGUCUCGUGCUGUGGUGGUCUCAAAUUUGCAAUUACAUUAAUAGGAAUUAAUUUCCGCCGCACCUUACCGGAUAUAGAGUGUAAGUUUCAUUUAGAGUAGGUGACGCAGCAGUAGGCGACUAACGGAGGAUAAUUAAGAGGCUCAUCAAGUAGGCGACCUGUCGGGCCAUCAACAGUAUCGUGUUAAUCGCUUCAUUGCAUCUAGCAACGGUUGUUCGACAAUAAACAGAGAUAUGGAAACAGAACGUAGUAGAUGGAUGUAUUAAUGAAAGCAACUGCUUUUGUCAUUAUCGUUCUGCUCGGGAUGAAACAGCAAUUGCUAGCCUACAAUUUGAAUGUGCUUCAAAUAAGUGCGGUCCGAUUCAGCAGCUCGUCGGACUCUCUGCAGCUGAACGUUUCCUGGGAAUCGGCAUCACUGGAGGAGAGCUCGCUGUACCAGGUGUCGGUGCAUCAUGUUGCCACGCCAAACUGUUCCAUCGAGCAUACACCGUUCGACAACCAGCGGGACAUCAAGUGUGCACCGAUUGUCACGGAAACGGAGCAAACGUCGGUAUUGAUGCCCAGGGAUCCACACACUCUGACCAAACAUGAAUGUGUUAUUUUGGCUCUUUGCACGUACGAAGUUGUGGUGAAACCUUUGGAUUACAUCAAAACCCUCUCCGGAAUCUUUCAGGUGCCAGAAUGCGUCGACCAGGUUUGCUCGUGCCACUACGAGCGAAGUCUGCCCAAUAUUAGUGCGGAAGCAUAUGUAUCGGAAAAUCAACUGACGGUUGGCUGGAGUAUGGGUGAUUACGCCGAGUCAGAGCUACCGGACGAUGUCGAACUGGACCAUGUGCUCGUAACCAUUCGCCGUGGUCUGAAUGAGGAUCUGGUCUGGGGCGGAUCGGAGAGCAGCAAAAAGUCAGUUGUUUUGCCAGCAGAGCCAACCGGAAGCUAUACCUUCAAUGUGACCGAUUUUCCAGGAAACAAAACUAUUUUUCUCGUCCAUGUGCGGUUGUACGAUAGCAGAAGAUGCUACGUGGAAGCUGCACCCAGACGUGUAUUCAUCCCAAAUGAUGUAAUAAAGAAUACAAACCACACUAUUGCAGACUGCACUGAGGAUGGUGGCUGUGCUUGUCAGUACAUGAAAAACUUGGGCAACGUCAGCGUUUUCACUCGGAUGGAUGGUCGAAAAAUGGCCGUCAGUUGGAACGUCACUAGUCGGCCGACACAUUCCGUAACAGGGCAGGAACUGGACCUGCGGUUCGUCCGACUGAUAUUUGAUUCCCGGCAAACGCGAAAUUUCCUGGAAAAAACGGUUCCGUGGAACAGCUCCGGUACAUCGAUUGAUCUGAGCCGACUGGAUGUGGGUGGCACCGUGAUGUUGUUGAAAGUGGCUGUAGUGGAUAGCAAUGGAUGCGAAAAAAAUGCCGCUGUUGUGAGUGUGCUUAUCCCGGAUGCAGGAGCAACACAGUACAUCCUGUAUGCCGUCGUCAUUUUGUGCAUCGUAAGCGGAUCGGUGUGGAUGGCGAUUAUAUGUCAACGUAGAAUCAAAACACGGCGCGUAGCCCAGAACUGGCGCGAGGUGUACGUUACUGCUAGUGUCGACCGGCAUCAUCCACCGUUUCAGAUGGAGGAAAAUAGGCUGUAUACUGAUAUGGACAUUCUGGAAGCCCGGGCCAGGGGAGAUGCGGAUAUGCUGGAAGUGCCUCAUUCGUGUCUUCGCAUCGGACGGGAAAUUGGCAAAGGUGCCUUCGGGCGUGUAUUCAUGGCUUGCGCGAGUAAACUGCCCGGCUGCAACGGGACCUUGAUCGUUGCCGUGAAGCAACUGAAAAAGUGCCCCAAAGCGGACGAGUUUGAUGAGUUCCUGGACGAGAUAACGAUGAUGAAACGAGUCGGUCGUCAUCCCAAUAUUGUCACCCUGCUCGGCUGCUGUACCAUCAAGGAACCGUUGACGAUGAUUAUGGAGUACAUCGGUUGCGGUGAUUUGCUCGAGUAUUUGCGGAAGAUUCGCUCGAAACAUUUGGCCAAAGUGGCCAAACUUGAAGCUGCCAGUGGAGCGCAAUCGGAGACCUUCAGUUUACAGCGUUCGAGCUCCAACCAAUCUAGCAACACCGUUUUCGGGUCAAUGAUAAAGUACAUGGACAUCUUUCACACGUCGAGCUCCAACUCGGAUACAUCCUACAUUACUCAGCCGGAUACUGUUCUAAGACCAUCGAUAACAGAGACUAUGUACACAACUCUCAGUGGUAGCACCGGACAGGAGGAUGUUUCGAAAGAACCUGCCUCGAUAGAGUACGUUCUGGACCACAAGGAGCUGCACGAUUUCGCCCGACAGAUUGCCUGUGGAAUGCAGCACCUGGAGGAAAAGCAGAUCACCCAUAGAGAUUUAGCAGCCCGAAACAUCCUAAUUGAUGAAAGGAAAACGUUAAAGAUAUCCGAUUUUGGCCUGUCACGCACAGGCAUUUACGUAAACACCAGAAACAAGAAGGUACCACUCCGAUGGUUGUCAAUUGAGGCAAUGCGCGACAAUCUAUACUCCAGCAAGAGCGAUGUAUGGGCGUUCGGUAUUGUCCUGUGGGAAAUAGGAACGCUCGGUGGUUACCCAUAUCCAACUGUGAGCAACCACGAACUGUUGUCCUUUUUGCACAAUGGAUGCCGGCUUGAUCGACCGGAAAUCUGCACCACCGAUUUGUACGAGCUGAUGCUCAACUGUUGGAAGGCCGACCCGGAAGACCGUCCAUCGUUUCAUCAAAUCAACAAAUCACUGCAGCCACAUCGACGAAUUUACAUCGAUUUCAAUGAAAUCGAACCAACCUACGUGUUCCCUCCCACGUCCGAGCAGAUUAGGCAAACCGUCAUCAACAACAAGUAACCGAGCCGAACCGGAGGAAAAAGGCCUUCGCAUUUAUUCGAAUUACCUGGAAUAGACAACGAGCUUAAGUGACGCCGAUAUUUACAAAUUCAAAUACAGGAAGUUCCUAUUGAACUGUUCCGCGAAUGUACCUUACUUUACGCCGUGUAGGAAAUUGUUCAGAUUUGUACCGCCAACCGGUUUCAGAUGUGGCUGAUAAAGUGUCCCUCCACCAGCGGGGGAGCGUAUAUGUUAAGAUGUCAAUUAUGUGUAGGAAAAUGUUGUUGCUGAUAAGCAUUAAAAUCUAGUUGUUCACAAA